AUGAGGUUCUUAUGUCUUCAUGGCGCCAUUGGCAACAUCGACAAUAUUAAUAUUCAGCUUGAUCCCCUGGUGAAGCAGAUGGCCACGGAUGGUUUCGCUUCGUUCCACUAUAUCAACGGUCCUGUUCUUGUGUCUCCACCGGCAGGGUUCACGGAGUAUUUCGGUAUCGGGCCGCAUUACCGGUGGUUGGAGGAUGGAGGAGUAGCAGAGAACUCAAUGAUCUCUCGCGUUCGAAAAUCUCCGCAUGGUUCGUGUCCCGAAGAUGUGAUGCGAGCUUUGGGUAACGGUUGGGAUGGCCGUUGGAUAAACCACCAUCAAGUCAUGGAAUACCUCUAUGAUACACUGGAGAAGAAUCCCGAUAUCGAAGGCAUCAUCGGAUAUAGUGAGGGUGCUACGAUGGCUGCGAGUCUAAUCCUGGAUGAGGAUAGAAAGGCUCAGGAGACUGGUCGUCCUCGUCGCAUCAGAUGCGCGAUUUUCAUCACCGGCUGGCCUCCUCUUUCCCCUGAGGAAGACGUGGUCCUGGCAGAUGAAAGCGACUAUACUCUGGACAUUCCGACGCUUCACGUGGUUGGUGCAGAUGGUAAUUCUGACGUCUAUUGCCCCGUUCAAACGAUAUACUCACUGUUUAUCUUCGGCACAGACCCCUACCGAUACGGCGCAUUGGCCUUGUUCAAUAUUUGUGAUCCUGAUACCGCAGCGAUGUUUGACACUGGACGGGGCCACACCAUUCCUCGGUCCGGUCCGGUCAUCACAGAGUUGGGAAAUGCCGUGCGAGACCUAAUCGACAGAGCAUAUCAAGGAUAA